UUUGCUUGUUCUAUACGCUUUUGCUUUCUCUUCCCUUCCAACUUUCAUGGUAUUCGACUCCGAUUGAUCUCAGAGAGAAAAGAAUGAUGGCGCAUACACAGAUUGUCAAAUCGAGUUUCUUUCCUUUCCUUAAUUUUCGAACAGAUUCCAACAGGAAAAUUAGUUGGUUUUGCUCGAAUUCUGAACUUGCUGUUACACAGAGGAAGAUUAUGAAACCUCAGAAUCGACGUAACCCCAAUAUUUUGAUCGAUAGAGGAUUUAGGGUACGUUGCCGACUCCAGGAGGGUGAGAACGAUAGCAAUAGUGAAGAACCUCCAGAAUCAUUGUUCAUGAAAGAACUAAAGAGAAGAGGAAUGAAUCCUACUUCACUGCUUGAAGACAGCAACAGAAGUAUGUAUGGGCAAGAUGAGGAGAGAAAAUUGGAGGAAGAUGGCAGAAGUUCCUCACAGAGAAAUGCAGUCUUAUCAGAUGUUGAGAAAAGCUUAUCCAACCAGAGAGAGCGUUCAAUGGCAUUGAACAGUGAAGGCCCUGAGGGUUUGAUUCCACGAGCUAAACUUCUCCUGACACUUGGAGGGACUUUCUUCUUGGGAUUUUGGCCCCUGAUACUUGUGACAGUUACAUUCUUUUCUGCUCUCUACUUUUAUUUUGGUCCAAGUUUUGUACAUGAUGCAAGCAAAACUCCCAUAUCACUGCCAUCAUAUGUUGAUCCAUAUGCACUUCUGGAAGAUGGAAGGAUAUCAAAGUCAGCUCCGAAUGUAAAUUGAAGAUAACAUGCCUUCUGGAUCUUGUCCAGGGACUUUCGAAGAUGGAAGGAUAUAUUGAAGUCAGUUCAACAUAAAACUUGUCUAUGUUCUGAUUGCAGCUUCCUUGACUGUCAAAACAAAUUGGCGGGAAGUUUGCAUCCAUCUGUUAAAUGAUUAUUUUAUUAGUCUCCCAAGGAAUUGUAAUUGAAUUAAAGUUCUGCUGGA